CCACUGGCGCUGCAGUCGAGUCGCUAACCUGUCAGCAAAAUUUUCCAAGAUAAAAAAUACCUCAAAUUAAUUCAAUUAAAAUAUGCCCUAAUUAGGCAAUUAAAUUAAAUCCUGUGGAUUCCAAUCAGUAGUAUAAUCUCUAAAUUAUCGUGCUACACUGUGAAAAGUGAUUCACUACGGGUGAAAGUAUGGUAGAAAGGUGAUUAAAAUCUGUGACUAUCAUGUUUACACUUUUGCACGGUUUUUAUAAAUAUCUCAAGCAAAAGGACGAAUAUUGUGUAUUAAUUUUAGGACUAGACAAUGCUGGAAAGACAACUUACCUGGAGGGAGCUAAAACGAAAUUCACGAAAAACUACAAAGGGAUGAAUCCCAGUAAAAUAACCACAACUGUGGGAUUAAAUAUUGGCCAAAUUGACAUUCAGGGAAUACGUUUGAGCUUCUGGGAUCUGGGAGGGCAAGAAGAAUUGCAAUCACUCUGGGAUAAGUAUUAUCAGGAAUCACAUGCAGUGAUCUAUAUUAUAGACUCCCACGACAGGGAUAGAAUGAAUGAGUCACAGGAAGUCUUUGAUAAAAUGAUUUCAAAUGACCAUCUGUCGGGAGUGCCACUCCUCCUUCUGGCCAACAAACAGGACCUGCCAGAUUGCAUGGGAGUGCGGGAGAUCAAGCCAGUUUUCCAGCACACGGGGCACUUAAUUGGGCGCCGAGAUUGUCUCGUAAUGCCCGUUUCGGCUUUAACUGGGGAAGGUGUUGACGAUGGCAUAAAGUGGCUGGUGGACGCCAUCAAGCGGAACAGUGUUGUGAGACCAGCCCGAAGCACUGAUUAAUUUAUAAAUACAAAAUAAUUAUCUCAUUGUUUUCCAUUCAUUCGCCUCUCCUUUUUGUACAGAUGAAAAAAAAAGAAAUUGAUGAAAGAAAAUGAAAAAUAUAAAUGAUGUUCUGUUGGUAAAA